UUUGUAAAUCAGUAAGUUAGCACCCCUAAGCAAAAGUGAUACGGUAUCUUCCAUUUCCGGUGAAUCGCAUCUGUCUCGGAGCUGAAAACGGCGGGAAAAUUUAAAGUCGAUGCCUCAGACGAGUCACAGUUGCUUUCAUGGUAACGUUGGAUAAAGAUAUCUUCAAGAAGACUGUCAAGAUUUGAAGCUUUCAGGGGGCAUGGAUGAGCCGACAGGUGAUACGAACUCAAACCAGCAGUGGCCGGUCAUAGUCAACGCAUCUUUGGAAAACAGUGACGUCACUAGAUUGUUGCAGCAACAGCACAAGACUAGGGUUUCUGACACCACCCUUCGCCACACGUGUAUCUUCCCCCUGUCCGGGGUAGCGUUCAUGAUCGUCCCCCUCAACGAGUCUCUAACUGACUGGCCUCCUCAGGGCGAAUCAGUCUUGGACAGUAGUUUGGUGGACAGAAUCGACAAGUUUCUGUCAGUCCACCGUAACUGUUACCUACUGGCGACAGCAGCGCUGCACGGCCACCACGAAAUGGCUGCACUUUCCGCCCUACAGAACAAGUUUAUGGAUAGGAAGUUGUACCUUCUUCCAGCCCACAACGCUAGUGAAUGUGUGCAGUCAAUGGCAACAAUUGCAAAGGCAACCUACAAGCCUUCGUGCGAGAUGAUACGUCAGCGGCUCUGCAAACUGUUGGCCAAUCAGGUCUCGGAAGACAUCGUGCUGCGGAUUAUUUCCAGGCUCGGACUCAGUCAACAUGAGUGCCUUGUGCUGCAACAGGGCCGAGGAACCCUGGGAAGGAUCGCCUUGGCCAGCCGGGAGGAACUGUUAGACUGUAGUCUUGACUCGGACACUGUCGACAGGGUCAUCACGUUCUUCGAGAAGAACUGCGUCCUAGUUUAAGUUCUUAAGACCUACGUCACAAUUCCAAACCAGGGCCCGGUCGGGCAGUUUUCAGGAACGAAAAGUAUGAUAUAAAAAACUACACAA